AUGCUUUUUCUCUUCCGUUUGCAGGUGGAACAGCUCCUGGGGAGCUCAGCCCCUGCUGGGGCGCAGGAGAGGGCAGAGCGCAGCCCUACAUGGCUCUUCCUGCAGCUUCUCCGUCUCUUUGCGCAGAUCACCGCCGAGGAGUCAGAGGAUGAGCUGCCACCCAGAGAGGAGCGAGCGAAAGCCCUGCUCAGCGAGCGGGAUGCACCAGGAGGGAAGAACGAAGGGGCUGUAACUGAAGAGACAGAAGGUGAUGGGCAGAGAGAUGGGGAGGAGGCAGAGCAGCCGGACCAAACGCCUGUGUUGAGUAACAAGCCACGAAAGAAAAAAAAGAAAAGGAAAACCAAGAAAACUUCGUCAGGGGAGACUCUGGAAGACAACGACCUGGAAGACAUCGACAGCUUGCUGGAGAAGAUUGAGGACACCAGUGGGCUCUCACAGCAGACCCAGAGCGGAAUCAUCGCUGACAGCCGGCCUCUGCUCUACGUAGAGCACAGAAACUUGAAUCCGGAGAAUGAGUUGAAGAGAUACUUCGGGGCUCGUGCUGUUCUUGGUGAUCAGAGGCCCAGGCAAAGGCAGCGCCAGUACAUCCGCAGCACGUGGCUGACGGCUCCCAAAAACACGUGGCCACGCUACAGCAAAACAGGUAUCGCCAUGCAGCUGGUGGACACCCGGAGGGGAGUGCAGCACUUCACAUUCGAGCACCAUCGCGAGUACCAGCAAGUGCAGUUCAAGUUCCUGGACGCUGUCGAGUCCAUGGACCCCAACAACAUUGUGCUGCUGCUUCAGAUGAACCCGUACCACGUGGACUCCCUUCUGCAGCUCAGCGAUGUGUGCCGCAUGCAGGAGGACCAGGAGAUGGCCCGCGAUCUCAUAGAGCGGGCGCUGUACAGCCUGGAGUGCGCGUUCCACCCCGUCUUCAGCCUCACCAGCGGGACCUGCAGGCUGGACUACCGGCGGCCAGAGAACAGGGCUUUUUUUCUGGCUCUCUUCAAGCACCUGAUGUUCCUGGAGAAGCGAGGCUGUCCCCGGACAGCCCUGGAGUUCUGCAAGUUGAUUUUGAGCCUUGAUCCAGAGAACGACCCGCUGUGUGUGCUGCUGCUGAUUGACUUUCUGUCCCUCCGAGCUCGAGAAUACACCUUCCUGACCCGCAUCUUCCAGGAGUGGGAGAGUCACCGGAAUUUGUCCCAGCUGCCCAAUUUUGCCUUCUCGGUGCCGCUGGCCUAUUUCUUCCUGAGCCAGCAGGAGGAGCGCUCGGAGCUGGAGAUAAGCCAAGCCCGGGAGAGGGCGGCCCGGCUCAUCCAGCUCGCGCUGAUCAUGUUCCCAAGCGUGCUGAUGCCACUGUUGGACCGCUGCAGCGUGCAGCCUGACGCCAGGGUUGCGUCCCAUCCCUUUUUUGGGCUGAAUGCUCAGAUAAGCCAGCCUCCCGCCCUGAACCAGCUGACGUCCCUCUACGUGGGAAGGACUCACUCCCUCUGGAAGGACCCAGCCGUGAUGGCCUGGCUGGAGACCCAGGUCCACGAGGUGUUGCGCAUGGUGGACGCCCGGGACCCGCUGGUGGAGGAUUCUGAGCACAAGAGGAAGAUGCGGUACCAGAGCGCGCCCAGGAACAUCUACCGCCACGUCAUCCUCUCGGAGAUGAAGGAGGCGACGGCAGCUCUGCCUCUGGAGGUGACUUCGCAGCCCGUGAUGGGGUUCGACCCUUUACCUCCUCUGGACUCCAUCAUUUCCUACACCAGACCAGAAAGGUACUUUCUCCAGCCCUGGUUUCUGCGCCGGCACAGCCGGCGCAUUCCCGGCGCGCCCUCAGCCCCGGGCCUGGGUGCACGUGGGUGCUCGGAGCCGACGUCUUCCUCCAGCUCGGAGGAAGAGCAGCCAGGCCUGCGGUGCUCGCCCAGAGGCAGUGCGUACAGGCAGGACUGGUCCUGCUGCUUCUCCGUGGUGGUCACGGUCCGCGACGGCGGCUGUUCACAGCCAUUGAGGCAAAGGCUACUGGAAAAAACUUUUUUUAAAAAAAAAAAGUUUUGACUGUUUAACUGAGGU